CCGAGUUCGUACCGUGUCAGUCGAUCAUUAAUCAUUGAUUGUGGUGUAUGAGGAAAUUAGCGGGUGCUCUUUGCUAGUUUUAAACGAAAUGAUAAAAUGCAGUACCGCAAUUGAAUAUAUUUGUAAAAAAUAGCCAACCGGAUUUUUAGGAAUUAUUAGAAUAACACAUUUUAACAACCUCCAUUUUAGUGAAGUGCUGGCUGGGGUUAAUUUUUGUACUGGCGUAUCGAUAUUAACUGCGGGCUUAAACAACUGAAUGGUGCUAAUAAAUUUGACAUUAAACUCGUUAAGUGAUAUGUUAAAAAUGAAGAAUUGCGUUUAGAUUAUUCUUCGAACUAGACUAUUCGAUUAGGAAUUGCGGUAUUGUGCGUAAGCUGUAAUUAAUAUAACUGGAUAGAUAUCUUCAAAUUUUUGUAUAUAUUUAUAUAAACGGUGCUAAAAACGAGCUUGCCGUUUCGUCAAUACAUUUCGAGUGUUUACAUAUUUACCGUAUUGAAUAACCGGCAGUAAAGUAGAUCGAAAAUGAGUCGCGGACACGCAGGACCCCGUAUUCACGUUCCAGACGAAUUAAGAGAAGUACUCCUCGAAUUUACAAUUAGUUAUUUACUGGAACAACCUGGAGAUGUUAUUAGUUACGCCGCCGAAUAUUUUACGCGCUUGAGGGAAACCCGGGUGACAUCCAGAGUGUAUGAUGAAGCUGCUGCCUCGCAGGAGGAAUUGGUAUCACCUGACGAAUCCGUAAUGUCCAAAGAUGAAGAACCUUCAAUCCGGUUUGCUGGUAGGCGUAAAUCAGUGUUCGCAGAAACUUACGAUCCAGAAGAGGACGACGACGAUGAUGAUGGCGCCAAGUUGGUGUAUCCAAAAUCUGAUGAGCAACGUCAGAGAUUGGCCACUGCUGUUAAAAACAUAUUGCUGUUCAGAUCUCUGGAUAAAGAUCAAAUGAACGAUGUCUUGGAUGCAAUGUUCGAAAGAGUGGUCAAAAAGGAUGAAUUGGUAAUCAAACAAGGAGAUGACGGCGAUAAUUUUUAUGUAAUUCAAAGUGGAACUUUCCAUGUGUUUGUCGCACCAGAUCCAUCGAAAGAACCCAAUCAUAUUCACACUUACGAAAAUAGUGGCAGCUUCGGAGAGUUGGCGUUGCUCUACAACAUGCCCCGUGCAGCUACGGUCAAAGCAAAUAGCGAAGGUUCCCUUUGGGCUAUGGAUAGGCAGACCUUCAGAAGAAUCGUUCUCAAGUCUGCGUUCAAAAAGAGGAAGAUGUACGAAGCGUUGAUAGAAAGUGUUCCGAUGCUUAAAACUCUUCAGCCUUACGAACGUAUGAAUCUUGCUGAUGCAUUGGUACCUAGAGUCUUCUACGAUGGAGAUAGGAUUAUCAAACAGGGCGAUGCAGCGGACGGUAUGUACUUCGUAGAACAAGGUGAAGUGGCCAUUAGUGUUUUAGACGAUAGCGGUAAAGAGGUAGAGAUCAAUCGUAUUAGUAAAGGAGGUUACUUUGGAGAGCUGGCAUUGGUUACACAUCGUCCUAGAGCUGCUUCUGCUUAUUGCGAUGGAGAAGUUAGAUGUGCAUUUUUGGACGUGGAAGCAUUUGAACGUUUGUUGGGUCCUUGCAUGGAGAUCAUGAAGCGCAACAUUACUGACUACGAAGAACAAAUGCUCAAAAUAUUCGGCUCAAAGCAAAACAUUAGGGACAUCCGAUGAAGGAAGACUAGUAGCGACCACCUCUGACAAUAGCCCUAUUAGCUUUUUGUUUCCAUUAGAUGUCAGCAAGUAACAAUCUACUGUUCGGCAUGAAGGAUGCAAACCAAAUAAAAUCAAACAUCUGGGGCUGUAAGUUUUGUAACCUUAUUCGGAGGAUGGAAUAGUCUAGUCAUUGUAUAUAAGUAAUAACACUUAAAAAACUAUGUUAUGAAUCUUGGUACCAAGUCCCUCGUGCUUUAUUGUUCGGUGUAGGACAACGGGUUAUCUGCUGGUAAGAAAACCUGUUGAAACAACAUAAUUUUAUCAGCCAUUUUCGAUGUUGUGAAUUUUCUCUGCCUAUGUGUGAAUCCCGGUUGACUGUAAAUGUUAUCUUUUUUUUGUUUUUUAGGGUGACUAUACAGAGUUACCUUAUCCAACACACAAUCUUAGAUAAGUUGUAAUAUUACAGAUAUUAUUUAUUUUUAUUUUGUUGAUUUUGUAGGUAUUAUUUAUAUACACGGCACUGGUCGUGUCUAGGAUUCUGGCAAGAUUAGAGAAAAUUAUUUUAAAAUAUAGAUAUAAUAAUAAAUUGCUCCGGCUCUAAAGCUGGUCUAUUAGUAAACUGGUAGCUGGGUAUAUUUACACAAGUUGAGUAUUCGAACUGAGCUGUAGAAAGAAAUUGCAGGAAAGAGUGUUAAGGGAUGAAUAUUUAAUAAAAAAAGCUCAAUGUGAUAAAGCAAUAGUACUUUAUAUAAUCAAUUGCGUUGUAUGAAAUUCAAAUGGGUUUCGGUUAUAUUUAUUUUUUUUUAUAAAAAAUCGAUGCAUGUUGAAACGAGGUACAAAGAUAAUGUAAUUGUGUAUUAUUAGCAUGUGACUUUUUGUGUAAUAACUGUAGAUAUUCUGGUUAUUUGUUCCUAAUGCAAUAAGACAGGUGUUAAAAGAGACUAAGAAUUCUUGAAGUUGUUCUGGUAACAAUUUAUUUUGUGUUUUUUUUUAGUCUUUUAGCUUUUUCAUUUAAGUUAAUGAUUUUUGGUAUUGGUAAAAUUCUAUUAGUAGGUAAACUGAAGUAUCAGCUUUUCAUCUCAACAACAAGCUGGCAAACAGAGAAUUGCGAGUGUAUUUUAAUAACAAGCUGUUGAAACACAAUAAAUACCCGAAAUACCUUGGAGUUACUCUAGACAGAACGUUCACAUUCAGAGAACACCUGACGAGAACAGCAGCAAAAUUGAAAACACGUAACAAUAUAAUACAGAAACUCUGCGGCACUACAUGGGGGUCCACAGCAUCAACUUUAAGAUCCUCUGCUCUUGGCCUGAUAUAUCCGGUGGCAGAAUACUGUGCACCAGUGUGGCUAAAUAGCAGGCAUACCCACCUGGUCGACACUCAACUAAACAGUGCUAUGCAUAUGAUAACAGGCACAAUUAAGCCCACCCCUACAAUGUGGCUACCUACCCUUAGUAAUAUAGCAACACCCAACUUAGGCCGCGAACAUGCAUUGGUUAAAGAAUAUAACAAAAUAAUGGACAGUCGCCAGCUUCUAGUCCACAACGACAUCCCCGAUAUUCUUGAAAACCGUCUCCGAUCCAGGUUACCCCCUCUACAACCUGCUCAAGCGCUGCAGCAAUCCAACUUUGACUUAAAUACCCGAUGGAGAGAAAAUUAAGAAAGUAGACAGAUCCGCAUUACCAUAGUCUACCGGACAUCACAGAAAAACCUGGCGAAUUUGAACGUCCCCGUAAGAUUUGAGCAGCCCUUAAUCGAAUUCAAACAAAUUGUGGAAGAUUCGCCGACUCCCUCUACAGAUGGGGUAAACUUCCCUCGCCUUCUUGUGACUGCGGCGCUGCAAGACAGACGAUCAGUCACAUUGUUCAGGACUACCCACGCAGAGCAUACACAGGCGACCCUAUAGACUUUGUAAUGGCAACCGAAGGGUCAAUCGAAUAUAUAAAAAAACUGGACAUCUGUUUGUGAUGCAUUGUAUAAUGCAUAAAUCUAAAUAUAUAUUCUUUGAUGUACUUAUGUCAUACGCUAAAUAAAAAAAUAAAUAAGUAGGUAAAAAGCUAUUGGUAAAAUGAUUUGACUUUGUAAUGAUAUGCCUUCAGCACAUCGACAGCAGAGAACCGUUCGCGUCUCGACAUCCGCGCCCGAUACCUCACUCAUUUCCACUUCUUCUCCGAAGCAUUCGAGGUAGGGCAGCCUAGAGCCUAUUUAAGGAGACUACCGGACGAGGAUAAGCAGUCUUGCGGCGACAAGUCUUAGACUCCCUGACCAACUAGAACUACCCGUCACAACAUCUUCUGUAUAGAGAUGUUGGCAACCACAUUGGCCCAUCUUAUUCUAUACACAGCAGCUCAAAAUAGAUCUUCUUCUUCUUCUUAGCCUUCUAUCGUCCACGUUUGGACAGAGGCCUCUCCCAACUCCUUCCAUCGGUCUCUAUCCUGAGCAACAUAUUUCCAAUUCGUUCCGGCUACCCUUUUUAUAUCAUCAACCCACCUCAUCUGUGGUCUUUCUCUCGGUCGUUUACUUUGGUAGGGUCUCCAAUGGUGUACUGUUGCAUUCCAACGUUGGUAUUUUUGUCUAGCAGUGUGGCCUGCGAAGCUCCAUUUAAGUUUGGCAACUUUUGUUAUGGCCUCGACUUUUGUUUUUGAACUUACCCAGUCGUUCCUCUUUUUAUCUGACAGUCGUAUACCUAACAUUGCUCUUUCCAUUGCUCUUUCUUUUGUGGCUAGUUUAUUCAUAUUUGCCUUGGUUAGGGUCCAGGUUUGACAUCCAUAUGUCAUGAUAGGAAGGAUGCACUGGUUGAACACUUUGCUCCUCAAAUAUUGGGGUAUUUUGCGGUUCUUAAGUAUCCAACUAAGUUUUCCAAAUCCUGCUCAUGCUAGUCUUGCUCUCCUAGUAAUUUCCGCACUUUGGUUCUCUUUGUCAAGUUUCAGGAUUUGGCCUAGGUAGAUAUAUUCCUGGACUUUUUCUAUCUCACUGCCAUUUAUAGUUAUACGUCUGGGGUCAUACGUGUUUGUCAUUAUUUUGUUUUUCUCAUGUUCAUUUUCAGGCCGACGUAUUGGGAGCUGCCUGCGAGUUCCUCCAUCAUCAUUUGCAGUUCCUCGAAUGAGCUCGCUAUAAUCACAAUGUCGUCAGCGAAUCUGAGGUGGUUUAGCUUCUUGCCAUUAACGUUAAUGCCAUAGGUUGACCAAUUUGUCGUUUUGAAGACGUCUUCUAGGGCUAGGUUGAAAAGCUUUGGCGAUAUUACGUCUCCUUGUCUCACGCCUCUCUUAAUGGGGAUGGGAUUUGUAUUUUCGUCUAGUUGUACUGUCAUAGUUGCAUUUUCAUAUAUUAUGUAUAUUAUGUAUUAGCUGUCUAUAUCUCGAAUCUAUUCUACAAUUAUUAAUAGCUUGUCCUAUGGCCCACAUCUCGAUACUAUUAAACGCCUUUUCAUAGUCUACGAAGGCAAGAAAUACGGGUAGUUGGUAUUCAUUUGCCUUCUCUAUCAAUGUUCUCAUUGUCAGCAGAUGGUCUGAUGUACUAUAUCCUUUGCGGAAGCCAGCCUGUUCCACUGGUUGGUAACUGUCCAUUUUGUAGGUCAACCGGUUUUUAAUAAUUCUCAUAAAUAGUUUGUAUACUUGACUGAGCAACGAUAUAGGUCUAUAAUUCUCUAGGUCACAUUUGUCCCCUUUUUUGUGUAAAAGUAUUACUAGAUUUUCGUUCCAGUCUUUAGGGAUCUUGCUGUUAUGGAGACAUUUAUUAAAUAGGAUGUGGACUGUUACUGUUUUGCUUGUUUUCAAAAUAGAUCAGGUGACGUUAAACCAGUCCACUUCCUAAGAUUGGUCAGCCAGGAUAUACGUCUACAACCAGUGCCUCUCUGGCCCUCAAUCUUGCCUUGCAGAAUCAACUGUAGAAGUCGGUAUUUAUUAUUACGCAUAAUGUGGCUAAAGUAGACCAAUUUUCUGUUCCUUACGGUGUUAAUCAUUACGGAGAAUAGUUAUGUUAGUUGUGUGGUGUGUAUAUGAGACCCUCAACAACGUCGGCAGCACGACAUUUCAAACGCCUCUAAUCGUUUUAUGAUAGGAGGAUGAGGACACUAAACACAGCCUUUAAAAUUCGGCAAUCCUGAUUCAUCCACUGUUAAUCAUGCUGCCAUAUUUGAUCGCUAGUCUCACGUCACUAGGAUAUAUAUUGAAACAUCCCUUUUAUGCCUUGUCUAAUCUCGGCUCGGCUCUAGGAUCUAUCGCCGAUAGUAAACACCAAAUUAAAGAUAAAACUUUAUUUCUCUAACUACACUCUAUACCCGGGAGACCUUAAAUGUCUACUUAAUUACGUAGCUUUACUGUCCGAUUCGUUUGACGGUUGAAUUGAUAAGCAUAUGAUGAUGAGACUACAUGUUAACUGUUCGAAUUGACUCGACUGAAUGUAUUUUUAUAGCCACAUCUUGACUGUUUGAACUGACUCGAAGGAAUGAUUCUAAUGUAUACUCUUUCUUAGCGGCAAGAUGAAUUGGGUCAACCCACGCGUCUGACAAACAAAGGAUUUUAUUUAGUCAGCAAACUUAAUAUGGAAUUGCCCAAAUUAUUGUUUACGAUUUGCAAUUAGUUAACGAAAUUAGUAGCCCGCACAUGUGUAAAUAUAAUAACAAAUUGAGUUCAUGUGAUAUACGGGGUGAUAAAUACUGUUUAAUAUCGGAUAUGAAUCAUGAAUAUUUGAGAUUAAACAGCAUGCUGCUAAUAUUUGGCUCUGAGGGUGGACAACUGGAGAAGAGCAGCUAGAGACAGAGAUACUUAGAGGCGGAUGCUGGGAAAGGCCAGGGCCCGACUUGGGCUGUAGCGCCGUAGGAGACAAUAUUUGGCUCUAGGAAAGCCAGUCACAGCCAAUAUUCUGCAUUAUAUGUUAAACAUCUAUGUCUUUUCACAUGUAAACGAUUCAGACAAAUACAACAUUUAACCUAGUUCAAUGGUGAUCUUAGAUUUCGACUGGGCUGUAUUUGUGUCAUAUUGUUAAACGGAUUUUUAAAUUGGUCUCUUCCUAUUAUUAAUGCAAUGGCAAUCCUUAUUUCAAUUGUUCCAUUCCUAAUCAAACUGAACCUAAUUUGAGCACCGAUCGGAUCGCGUGGGAGUGAAAAAAUCUUGAAGACCGAGGAUGUACCACCAAGUAGGCAUGUGAGACAGUGUAAUACUUCAAACGUCAUUUACAGAACGCCAACUGCCAAACCUCUAAGUAAACGGGCAAACGUCAUUCAUCAACUGUCAUACGUCAACUGCCAACCAUCGGGUCAUUCUUUCUCUAUGUCUAAAUCUAAUUUGUCAAAUGUUUACUUUCAGCUUUAGUGUUAUCCAUCAUACCCAUAGUGUGUCAUAUUGUUAAACGGAUUUUUAAAUUGGUCCCUUCCUAUUAUUAAUGCAAUGGCAAUUCUUAUUUUAAUUGUUCCAUUCUUAAUCAAACUGAACCUAAUUUGAGCAAGGAUCGGAUCGCUUGGCAGUUAAAAAAUCUUGAAGACCGUUUAUGUACCACCAAGUAGGCAUGUGAGACAGUGUAAUACUUUAUAUAGAACGCCCUGGCAAACCUCAUAAGUUAACGGGCAAACCUCAUUCAUCAACUGUCAUACGUCAACUGCCAACCAUCGGGUCAUUCUUUCUCUAUGUCUAAAUCUAAUUUGUCAAAUAUUUACUUUCAGCUUUAGUGUCAUCCAUCAUACCCACUUCCGUCGAUGAAAAAGUGUCUACUCUCUGGUUGUCAAAAGUUAUUCAUGGCUCUCAGCUCGAGCAAUGGAUAGUAUUAAUGGAAAUAAGCCUCUGGAUGAGUCACUGAUAUGAAUUGUAUAAUUAUGUAUUGUUAAAGGCAAAUAUAACCAGUGUUGACAUAUAGAUCGGAGACAUGGACCAUCUCCAAGGCAGAUGAAAACCUGCUUAUAUUUGAACGAAGAAUCCUGAGAGGAAUAUUCGGUUGCAUCUGUGAAAGUGGUAUUUGGAGGAGGAGGUACAACUACGAGGUAUACCACAGAUAUAAACAUUUGGUGGUAAAGACGUAGUAUCUCUUAUAAGAAUAGGAAGACUAAGAUGGACAGGACAUCUAACAAGAUCACAGUAUAACAACCCUCCUAGAAGAAUCCUUAUGUCACAACCUGUGGGAAGUAGAAAUAGGGGUAGACCAAAACUUAGAGGGAAGGAUGGUGUAGAUGAGGAUGGGAGAAAAAUAGCAAAAAUAGCAAACUGGCAACGUUUGGCAAUGGAUAGGACUGACUGGCGUAAUAGACUUGGGAAGGUCGAGGCUCUUUCAUAGGGCUGUAGCACCAUUGAUGAUGAUGGUUGUUAAAGGCGAUGAACAAGCUUCUCCUUGAUGUACCUAUCCGUGACGAAUGUUGUCGAUCAUCAUGGCAAUCUUUAUCUUUAUCUUCUGUAGAAGCGCGGAAAAGCUGUAUAGAUAUUGUGUUAAACCAGGUUCUGAGGUUCUUUAACCAGGGUCCAGGAUGUUCUGUUUCUUCCUGCACCUCGCAUUAAAUGCCUCGCUAUUCAUAACAUGCAUCGAUUUGUAUUUUAUUUUUCAUUUUUUGGCACUUUAAUCAUAUGUUAAAUUUACUGCUUCGUUAAUGUCAGUGCUUUCGUGAGUUUCAGUCUCUGUAAUGUUCUAUGCCACGACCAAAUCUUCUUAUAUUUUGUGUUUGUGGGUACUGUUCUUAGAAAUUUCAAGACGACGGGAUAUUUCGCGUUCGCAGUCUCUAUUUUCUGAUAUAAUAAUGGCCAGCUAGAAAGAGCCAACGAUGCGCAUGAUUCUUGAUAGUCGUACAUUUUUUGCUUUGGUUUCUUACCUGUCAUUUUUGUCUUAAAACGUUCUUGGGGCCGAACAUUACUUCGAUUUCAUGGAUUAGUUCUUAUAGCACUCCUCAGCCGACUCUACCGUCCCAUAUACAUACAAUUCUUAGAAUUUAGCGCUUUAAUAUUUGUAGUUUUUUUUUCUCCCAUGUUUCAAAUCCUGUUUCAAAUCCAAUGGUCUAAUUGUAGUAUUACAUUUAUAAUUUUUAAAUUGCUUAAUCCAUAUUCAGGUUUUAAUAUUCCCCGAAGUCCGAAAUAGGGCAAUAAAUCACGAAAUAUGUAUAAUUAAAACCAAUUUUUCCUGCUGCAGAAUUUCCUUUAUUUGAUUUUUAAAAUAUAUGGAUAUCGUGCCAAAAAAUAACCUCCAAUUUCAAUACAUAAUUAAACAUGUUGAAAAAAAGUAACACAAAUGAAAUUGACUUUAUUUUAACUUACUUCUGCAUAAAAUUCUUUAUGUAUUACUCUUCAAGAAUAGGAAUGAGUUUCGAAAUUUUGACGAGUGGCGCAGAGAGCAAACAAGAGAAAGUAUUCGAAAAGAAAGAGUUGCGUGAACACCGGGACUCGCCUACGUGAUUUUAAGGCUCUAUGCACAUUUGCUUGUGUUCAAGCUGCGCGCCCGCUGCUAGCAAGCUGCGGGCGAUCGCUGGCGAUUCAGUAGUACAUGAGUUGAAUUUAUUCACUGCACAGUCGCGUGCACGCCGCGGGUCAGCUCAAUGUGCAGUGAAUAAAUUUAACUCAUGCACUGCUGAACCGCCAGCGAUCGCCUGCAGCUUGCUUGCGGCGUGCACGUGGCUUGAAAACACACAAAUGUGCAUCGCGCCUUAAAUGUAGUUCACUCGUUUACAGUGCGAGUUUAACUUCUCCUACUAAGAUAAUUUCUGGUUAUUUUGCUACGCAUCAAGUGGACGAAUUUUCAAAGUCAUUCCUAGCUUUGACUAAGUGUAUCUACUUUAUACUUUUAAAUUGUUGCUCAAUUAGUUAUAACAAUCAAAAACUAUAAUCGCUAUGAGUUUUAGAUAAACAAUUUUAGUAGUAUUGCUUUAUUGGUAAUUCAUGUGCAAUAUUUAGACCUAAAUAAUAAAAUCUGUGCCUAAUAAAAAAAUUUCGGGAAUAAAAUUAAUAAAUACUACAAUAAUUUUCCAUCAUUAAUUUAAUAGUCCUGGAUCCCGUGUACCAAAGAAAACUAAAAAUUUGUUUAUAGCUUAACGGUGUCAAUUAGCACAAACUUUGAUGUAUGUGAACACUGGAACAGGGGAAGCUUUAAUUGCGGAACGUGAUAGACGUGUCAUCCUGGCAAGUUUAUGAUUGUGAAAACUAGCAGGUUGUUUUUAAGUGUAUUCAAUAGCCAACAUUAUAAUAUAACGUUGGCUAUUGAAUGAACUUAAAAAGAACCUACUAGUUUUCACAGUCAUAAACUUGUCAGGAUGACUAUCACGUUCCACAAUUAAAGCUUCCCCUGUUCCAGCGUUCCCGUACAUCAAAGUUUGUCCGACUCGGCACCGUUAGUCUAUGAACAAAUUUUCAGCUUGCUAUUAAUAAACUUUUUUGAUACGCGGGAUCCAGGACCAUAACUUAAGAGCAAUUAUAGUGAAACGAACUGCCAUAAUUUUAUUGUUUUUAAUUUUGUUGUUGUUUUUAAAUAUUUAUUAUUAUAAUUUUGUGUUAUGAACUAUUGCUAGGGACUUAGCAAAAAUUUUAAAGUAAUUUAAAAAGCAACGUCCAUUAUACUUUUUUUAGGAAGAAGUCCGUUUCCUAAGCGAGUAUUAUUAUUUUUAGUUAACUCUAGUCCACUAUAGGAAUCUCUUGUACAAUUACUGAAGAAAAAACUCUGUAUACUCACUCUCAAAAAGUGGUUACACUGUUUCCUGUUUUUAUUUAUUGAAUUCCUUUAACUAAAUAAACAUGUAAUGAAUCUCGACGUUAUUGUUAUGUUCCUUGCAAAACAUUUAGUUUUACUGAAAUAUUUAAUGCUAUGGUGGAAUUUCUGGAUGUCAAGGCAAGUUGCUAUUAAACUGAGAAUUAAUAUUAAUUAUAAUUAUUAAGCUGAGAAUUAAACUAACGCUUGGACAAAAAAGCAGGCCCCACGUUGGGCGCCAGUUAUAACAAAUUUGAAUACUUACUCUGAAAGGGGUUGGGGACUAAUUGAUACAAUCAGAUAGGGGAUUGAUAUGGGGCUUUAUGAAAGGUAGUGCAUGCACCCAAUCGUACUUAUUUACACUUAUAUUUAAAUAUAAUACAAAUGUCUGGGAAUCUACAACAGACUGUUUAAAAACUAUCAACUUUAUCAUAAUCACCGGUCUGUCUAUAUCGAACAAAUAAAGUGAAUGCUGGUGAAGACGAGGUAACUUUUUUACGUUUUGCGCACCUUUCACACAAUACGACUUUGGUCGUUACGGCAAGAGGUCGUAUGACCGUUUGUCGUACUCAUCUUGCUUUCACACGUUACGGCAGUUUUCAUCUUAUUGUCGCAGAGAGCACAGGGCGUACAAUCAAUAGGGAAAAUGUCAAAAGUAUAAUAAUUACAAUUUGUAAAAUUAAUAAUAAUAAAAAUAAAUAAAUAUAAUAAGUUGUAUUAAUGUUCGAAGACACACCGAAAGGUGCCUUUUGCUCAUUAAGGAGCUACAGGUUAAAAAAAGAAACAAAAAGAUCUCUAUGAAGACUUUGGCUGCCUUCCAAAAAAAAAUUCUAUUUAAAUAAAUAUAGUUCAGGUUUAUAACACAAUUGGAGAUCCAUAAUCUACGUGUUUACUAUGGCCUUUUUCAUUGAUACUGUGGCAUUUUGGUACAUACUAUCAAUAAAGUAUAAUUCUCAUAUUGCAACAAAAUUACUGGAAAUAUAAUAAUAUGGAUAUUUAUUCAUACUUUUCAUCUAAAAAUAUUUUGUAUCUAUAAAAUAGACGAAUAAUUACGUAAAAUCUAUUAGAAAUCACCAUAGCAUUAAUAUUUUCGAUUUAACUUACUUUAGUACAAAGAUAUAAUACAACAAUGUUGUAAAUUUUUAAAGCGAGACAUUUUCAAAAUCUUUUAGUUAACGGUUAAUUUUUACUUUAGAUUUUUACGUGUACUGCGCCAUGUAGUUUAUAUUUUGAUAGAUACUGAUUGCAUGAUCAUUACAAAAUAAAAUAUGUAUGUAUAUGAUACUAAUCAGUAGCAUUUUAUAGGAUUAGUUGGAUUAGCAAAUGGAUUAGUUGUUCUCAAAAGGCAGAAUUGUCUAUUCCAGCGGUUCUCAAUCUGUGGUACAUGUACCACUGGUGGUACAUAUCAUCAUUUGCGGUGGUACACAAAACACAAAAAAAUCAAAAUAGUAGUACAUAGUGAGUCUUGUUAAUACAAUCUAAAAAUAUAGGUGGUACAAAAAAUUUUAAAAAUAACUGUAGGUGGUACAUGACUCAAAACGUUUGAGAACCGCUGGUCUAUUCUAUAUUAAGAGAAAAAUAUCAAAGUGAUUAUUGAUGCUAUUACUAUUAGUAUUAUUAUAUUCAAAGAUAUAUCCCAAUACAGCUAUGUUUUUUUUAGAAAAUGGGAUAGUCUGAAUUACACAAGGCGUAAAUAAUACAUUACGAGUAAAUCUCUUAGAUGAUUUUGAGAACGUCUCACUUUUUAUUCAGUUUCAAUUAUUAUACCUUUUAUUGUGUUCUGUUUACUUUGUGAAUUGGAAAAAAUAAAGUUAAACUUAAUUGUUCGGUCACAUGGUAAAGAAUAAAAUUUUAGAAGAUUAGAUAAUUUUUGGACCAUAUGUAGACGUUGUGAAGUUGUUCGAUUAAUCAGUAGUUCGGUUAAAGAAUUCAAUGUGCACGGUUAAGUCAAAAUAUUAAGUGAAACGUACGUCGAUGGUAAUAUCAUUGACACUGUCAAUGUAAGAAUUAGGAAAUGGCCAUUAUUGGCGAACGUAUUUUAUAAAGUUAUAUUGUACAUUUUCAUAUAUAAUAUAAUAAUAUAACUGUAUAUAAUAAAUUUAACGCAAUAUAAAUUAUAAAUUUCAAUAAACACAACAAAUGCGUUAAUGUCACUGUCAUUGAAAUUUGAUAAACGUCAAAAUUCAUGGUAAACAAGGUAUCAAGGACAUGCCAUGCCGUAUUGUUGAUCCUUGUUUAACUUAUUGUGGUUUCUAUGGACAAGCGGUUUAAUUUUGCGAUACUAAUUUCUAGAGUAAAAAAGAGACCUAGUAUAAAAAGUAAUUCGUUAAUAAUUUCAUGCAUGUGCAAAGAUACAAUGGAAGAACUAUACCAUGUUUUUGCUUUUUAGCACGUGCACUGUGAACUAAAUCAAUAAUGUAUUAAUACAUAUGGUUCAAAAUUUGUCUUUUCGAACAUUUUAAAACGAACUAAAAUAUUGAGAAGUAAAUACGUCUAAGGCUGAAUAUUAAAUAUUUAUAAAUGUAAUAUAAAAAUUGAUAUAAUGAAAUAUUGGGGUAUUUAUUAUCACUGAAUAUUACCUAACGUUUACGAAAAAUUGGUCAUUUUGAUACAGUUAUCUGCUUAGAUCCGUUUACUAAGAUGUUAGAGCGCUAGAAAUCAGAUUUGGAUCCUUAUAGCGCGUUUAUUACUUUCUUAUGAUUAGGAAAAGAAAAAUAUUUAUCGUAUAGGACCUUACCAUUCAUAGUUAUAGGUGAAUAUAUCCGCCUAAAAUACAGAAUUUAAAAUAUUAAAAUACAACAAAACAUAGAGUUAGGCACAUCAAAGAAACAUGAAACGUAGAUCACGUUUCAUGGAAAUAAAAUACUGCUAAAUAAAUAAACGUCCGGCGAUUUAUGAAACUCUCUCCGAAAAUAAAAAUGUUUUAUGAGCAUGAAUCACACUCGUUUCAUUGGUAGGCGGACUUCAAGAUUUGUUUAGCCGUGUUUUAUUUUCAUGAAACGUGUUUUACGUUCAUGUUUUACGUUUCAUGUUUCGUUGGUGUGCGGCUUGCCUAAGAAAACAAUAUUAGAUGAAUAUUGGUAGAAAUUUUCUUGGUAAUCAAAUUAUGUAAAUCAAAGCAUUACAUACUAGGUAGGUUUAUUUUACAUUUUGCAAAUAGGUAGGUACCUAACUAUGUAAUUUUUUAUUACGAUACUGAAACAUUUAGAAUUACGUACCUGUUGCUUUUAAAAACUAUUUAAAAAGUCACUACAAUUUUAAUCUUGGUUUUUUCUCUGCCCUCACAACAAUAAAAACUAAUAUAGUAUACACAACAUUUGUUUACUCAUAACCGACAUAUUGAACAAUUAUUGACAGUUCAUUGUAAUUAACCAAUCAGAGCACGUUUAACGUUUCAGCUGCGCCCAGGACCAAGACUUUUGAUGAAUUCGCGCAUAUAUAAAUUUACUCCCAACGCGCCUAAAGAAGUAUAACUUCAAAAAAUACGCGAAUUACACGCAUUGUUUUUGUUUGCUUGAGUUUAUCAGGAUCUGUUCAAGUAUGCUCCUUAUUUCAGCUGUGAAUAUAUUAUAAUGAUGUGCAUUAAAGAGAACUUAAAAAUUCAUGUAAGCAGUAAAUCCAUAACAUAAGAAUAAAUGAACUUAUUUUAUAUAUUCUUCAUUAUUGUAGCUUUCACUUCUACUGUUGACAUAGGCCUCUUUCAGUUUCUCCUAAUAUUUUAUAUUUUUGGUUGCUUUAAUAUAUUGUCUGUUAUUUUUUUUUGUAUCAUCGAUGCAUCAGUUCAGUGACCGUCUUACGUCAUUACAGAAUUUUUCUAAUCUAGAAUAAGUCUUGCUCGAUUAGUGAGUGUCCUAAUUCUAUUUAUUAUCAUUGACAUGUAAGUGGUCUGAAAUCUCUCUAGAAAAAAAAUGAAGUGUUGGUUACUGGUGAGGUUCUAUAUUGCACCAAUAUGUUUUUAAAGUACAUGAUUAAAUAAUAUAGGUAUAUUAUCUAUAUUUUAUUUGGAAAAAAUCGGUAUUAUGCUGUUAAAGCCCUUAUUUUUUAUUUGAGACCUUUGAGAUUUGAGCUGGUUAUCAAACUCAAACGGUUAUUGUCGACCACCAACGCAUUGGAGUGACGAUUUAGAAAAAAUUGCUGGGAGCUGGAUGAAGAAAGCUAGAACCGAGAGACUUAAAGGAGACCUUUGUUUAACAGUCAGCAGUAACGACUAUUUUGAUGAAUUUGAUAACCUGUAACAUCUCUCCAUUUGGAUUUACAGCGUUAGCAGAUACAGUUUGCCUCCAAAGCUGAAAAAUGAGUGGUUUCAAUUGAAGCUGUGGAAUUCAUUUUAUCAAAUUUAAAUGUGAGUGGAUGUCUUGGCGCCCAAACCUGGGAUGACGUGGAUCACUCUGUUGUUUCUUCUUUUCGAUCUCGGAAACUACUUUUCUUUGGAUAUUGGGAUGAGCAACUCAUUUUGUUAAACGUGAUGAGUUUGAGGAAAACGGGCCCAAACUGGAGUUGAGUUUUCUGUUGCAAAGCCUUGGCUAAGCUUCCCAACUUACGCAAGUUAUCAUACGCUACUAACUCUCAAGGAAAAUUUUAUGAUUUCGUUGUGGCUUUUAUUAAAUUUAAGUAUCGUAUGCAUCAGUUAAGUUAAUGUAAGACACCAUUUAUUUUUCCUCUACUUAUAGCCAUUUUCGACAUGCUGUACAAGGUUUAAGAUUGUAUUGCAGAAAGACUUUCAGAUCUAGAGCCAUCCUACUCCGGUAUUAUUUAUUGAUCAAUAGUGACAGAGAUUCUGUUGAUUAUCAUCCAUUCAAAAACUUUGGCUUCGGUUGGCGCUUUGCUUAUCUUUAAAAGGAUUUGUACUAUUCUAGAUUUGUGCCAUAUCUUAGCAAUUUUAAAAUUAAUUUCGUAUAAUUAAAAAAAAACGUUGACAUUUACCCAUAUGAAUUGCAUUGAUAAAAGUACCAACUUAAAAUUUAAAGUCCACAUUAACUGAUUAUGAGCGUAAAAUCCAGCUCAUCUUGCUGUGUAUUAAUACCAAAUACUAUUGACUGUAAACUGUAAUACAUACAACUCUUGAUAUUUCCCAUUAAUUUUGAGGAAGCAAAAAAAUAGCGCCAUCUAGCGGUACGAGUAGGACAACCAGAGCAAUCUAACCUUACAUUUAUAAAAUUGCUUUAUUAUUGUUUUUGUAUAAGUGUUUGAACUAUUUUUAUUUUAAUUUAAUUUAGCAAAUUAGCUUGUUAUUCAAAAAUUUAUAAAAUUAAAUUUGAAUGUUUACGUCAAAUUUUACGUUGUCAAAACGUAGUUCAACUCAAGCUGACAGUGGCGCUAGUGGCAACGUGCUUCCAGAUUUCUGUGGGAGUUGGAUGUAUUACAGUCAAUAGUAUUUGUUAAUACUCAAACGAUAAACGACUUAUCUUCUUCAAAAAACACAAAAGCUGUUUGCCUUAAACUACUAGGUACUAUUAAAAGACAUUUUAGAUGACAAACGAGAACGGUUUUACAUGAUGAACGAGAAAUUUGUUUUCAUGUAACGCCAUCUACAUAUGUAAAGCCACAUUAAUGUCAGACCACCCUUGUAUUGCAAUAUACAAUAAUACACAAUGCAUUGAACUGGAAAACAGAUAACUUAAUCAAAAUGACUUUUGUAAAUGAAGAUCGCUGUAUACAGUUUGUCUCAGAAUAUGUAUAAACAAUAUUGUUGCUAUAAACGAUAUAUUUGAUUUUAUUUACCUAAAAAUGCAAUAGAAUUAAUAACACAAUUUAUGAAUUAUUACAUAUUGCUGAGAUAAUCUGUAUUACGUACGCUUUGAAUGUAAUAAAAGAUAUUUAGCUUGUAUUCUAAAAUAUAGAAUCCAGACUGAUACUACUUUAUUUAAUUCUGUGGGAAUUUGAAUCAAGUAACUCUUCGAAGUUGCACAUAUCAUUUCAGUUCAGGUAAAUGAUAUCUAGCCGAUAAAGAAAUAUUUGUAGUAUUUUUAAAAUACGUUCAAAUAAAAAAGAACAUGAAUUUAUCUUGCAGAAUUUGUUAGACUUGAUUCCUUGAACAUUUUUCGUAAUGUAAAUAAAUCAUAAGUUUACUUCAUUCGUUUGCUAUUGAAAUGAACGAGUAGAAACCAAUACAUUAGUGAUUUCUUUUAUUCUGUUAUUAUUUUGUUUAUAAAUUUUUCUUUUAUCAGAUUAUUAAAUGAAUGUUGGAGUU